ACGAUCCCCUCAUAAAUUGGCCUUGUUCCAAUUCUCUCUUCUUCACCAUCACCACCACCUAAACCGAAACCCAUCUACAACACCGUCAAGAUGGCCAGAAGACCCGCAAGAUGUUACCGCUACUGCAAAAACAAGGUCAGGAAUGAUGAUAUCGGCAUUUAUGUGCUGAUGAACUAACGAGUAAUAGCCCUACCCUAAGUCACGAUUCAACCGUGGUGUCCCUGAUCCCAAGAUUCGUAUUUUCGAUCUUGGAAGAAAGCGCGCCAAUGUCGACGAGUUCCCCCUCUGUGUCCACAUGGUUUCGAACGAAUAUGAACAGCUGAGCUCUGAGGCCCUCGAAGCCGCCCGCAUCUGCGCCAACAAGUAUCUUGUCAAGAUUGCCGGAAAGGAAGGCUUCCAUCUUCGUGUUCGAGCCCACCCCUAUCACGUUGUGCGCAUCAACAAGAUGUUGUCUUGCGCCGGCGCUGAUAGACUUCAAACUGGAAUGAGAGGUGCUUGGGGUAAGCCCAACGGUACUGUUGCUCGUGUCAACAUUGGUCAAAUUCUCCUUUCUGUCCGCACCCGAGAUGCCCACCGAGCCACAGCCAUUGAAGCCCUUCGCCGAUCCAUGUACAAGUUCCCCGGUCGCCAGAAGAUCAUCGUCAGCAAGAACUGGGGCUUCACUCCCCUGCGACGUGACGAGUAUGUCAAGCUGAAGCAGGAAGGCCGCGUCUUGAUUGAUGGUGCAUAUGUCCAGUUCUUGAGGAACAAGGGAAGCAUCGAGCAGAACAUCAAGCGAUUCCCCGGUGCCUACGAGACCGCCAGCGAGGCAUAGAUUUUCAGCACGACCUUGAUUCUGAUGAAAUUAUGGGAGUGAGAGAUCGCGCCAGGACAGAUUGGCAGGCAUGGGGUGGUACGAUGGGACUAGAUAGCGCAACAAUGAAGUCGGUCAUCACCCCAUUGAUAGUGAUGCGCUGGCUCGAGGAGACUAUCACACAACGAAGUCAUGCUUACCAUCAAGUUCAAUUCCAGGAUGUACCAGAUUCGAAGAUUCUCUCCCUAAGGACUGUGUCGGAGGAUGUGCAAAAGUAGUCUAGACUACAAUGAUGUACCACUGAGAAAUUGAUACAACUAUCCUGCUAAAGAAACACAGGUGAUGACAAGGCGUGCUGUAUGUUGUUCCACUGUGUGAUAUCUGCUUUCAUGCACGCCACAAUCUGAUGAGCCAGAUGGGUGUACAUGAGAGGUUGGUUGUGACAUGAUUCGAACGGCAAUGGCGUGAGGGAAGAUGCCUUUCCAAAACGAGAAGGCAAAGGCCCAAGUGCUAGCAUGAGAAAUUCAUGUCGAGUAGCAGCGAUGUCAUUUACUGAUUAUGAUUAUCUCGAUGAGGUCAAUGGCCACGAGGACGAAACUUGAAGAUGAUGCAUAUGUACAGCUAGCGGAUAGCAAACCCAGGCGCUGUGGGGGUCAGCCUGCCCAAAGAUAGGCGCAAAGCCACAAGGUUCUCAAACCCCUUCAGGCUCCAACGAUAACGAUAUUAGUAGGCAGCGCAGGCUUGCCUAUGGUCACAGCUGCUAACCGACAUUAGAGGUUUGCGUUCGAUCUGUUUAGAGUGCCACUUGGGAAGCAUGACGUGCCCUCCGUCAUUGCCCAUGCCAUGCAAUCUACGGGUCAGCGGGAGAAUUAGUCUAACGUAGAGGCCCCUCGGCUUCCAUUAGGUAGCACUUAUAGCCUAUAGGUCAUUCAUG